AUGAGCGACAGCGUUUUUUUUCAGUCAGAAAUCGGUCGCUCUCGGCCUGGAUCACCGCAAGUGGUGGCUGGACCUGGUGAGAUCAUAAACACCGAACACGGCUUUACGAUUGAAUUGGACGUCAGACAUUUUCGACCACAAGAUAUUAAGGUAACCAUUCGAUGCAAUCUUGAGGUGUCACUGACUGGCAACACACUGACGGUAUAUGGUGAGCGAUUGGAGGAUGAUCCUCACUCAACACAGACCCUUCGAAGGACAUUUUUUCGUGCUUAUCAAGUUUUAUUUCAGGGAAGUCGAAAGGGUUGGAAAGAAACGGAAAUCUCAGUUCACGUUGCACCACCAGAACACCGUACAGCAUCCUCGGUGAUCAGUAUUGUCUAG